UCGCUGCUGAGCACCGCUUUCUUCUCCGUCUGCCGCCUCCACAGGGACGCCGCGAGGAGCGAAUGCAACAUGUACUGCCUGGAUUGCAAGGGCGAGUCGUUCUGCUUCUACUGCCGCUCUUCCCGCCACAAGGAUCAUCAAGUCAUCCAGAUUCGGAGGUCUUCGUAUCACGACGUGGUGAGGGUCGGUGAAAUACAGAGGUUGCUGGACAUCUGCGGGGUACAGACGUACGUGAUAAACAGCGCCAGAGUGAUGUUCAUGAACGAGCGGCCGCAGCCCAAAUCGGAGUCGCCCACAUUUGUGAGAUUUGCGGCCGGAGCUUGCUCGACACAUUCCGCUUCUGCUCGUUGGGCUGCAAGGUAAGAUUGCAGAGGAAAAUCCGCCAUUGAUGUUUGUUAGGCCCGGCAUUGCCUAAAAUUAGGCAAAAGUUCAUAGUGGGGGUGAUUGCAGAAGAGAAAGCUUCUUGUAGGAAGAUGAACAGGCGGUGGUGGUGGGGAGAGAGAAAGACAUUUAUUUUUUAAUGUUUUUAUAAUUUUUUUAAUUUAAUUUGUUAAAAAAUAUAAGUAUAAAAUUUUAAUUAUUUUCCACCUAACAUUAUAUUUUAAUAAAAUAUGCC